GUCCGUUCAGUCCUUAACACUCCCAUAUAUCUCUGACGCGCUCUCUCCCCAUACAUACUUAGACGACAUACAUCUCUCCCUCGCUCUCGUAAUCACAUUAACAAACCCUAGAAUUAUUAGAAAUCAACGAAAUCCAAUCAGGUAGAAAGCAUAAAGUUUCAAUCCUUUCCACUAUAUUGAGAAAAUGGAUGGUGUAUUUGAUGAUGAGGUCGAGCAAACUGUUACCAUUGAUGAAUAUCUCAAAAACGUUGAAGCUGAGGAACUGAACGCGGAUUUGGUUUUGGGAGGAGAUGAGGGAAAUGAGUGCACUUAUAACAUGGGAUAUAUGAAGAGACAGGCUAUUUUCUCAUGUCUGUCAUGCACUCCAGAUGGAAAUGCUGGAGUUUGCACUGCUUGUAGUUUGUCUUGCCAUGAUGGCCAUGAGAUUGUGGAGUUAUGGACCAAGAGAAAUUUUCGGUGUGAUUGUGGCAAUUCAAAAUUUGGGGAGUUCUUCUGCAAGCUUUUCCCAAAAAAAGAUGUGGAAAAUGCUGAAAAUUCAUAUAAUCACAACUUCAAAGGUUUAUACUGCUCUUGUGAUCGGCCCUAUCCUGAUCCAGAUGUUGAGGCACAAGAAGAGAUGAUACAGUGCAUUAUGUGUGAAGACUGGUUCCAUGACGAGCAUCUUGGCCUAGAAUCUUCCAAUGAGAUUCCAAGAGAUGAGGAAGGAGAGCCUCUCUAUGAAGAUUUUAUAUGCAAGACAUGCUCGGCAGUUUGUUCUUUUCUGACACUAUAUCCCAAGACAAUUCGGGCAGCAGGGGGGAAGGGUGAUGCUACUUAUAGUAAUGCUAAGGAUAAGGAUGUGCUGGAAGAUGUUCCCACAGCUUGUGGUUCUGGGAAUCUUGAGAAUGAUAUAUGUGCUAACAAUUCUUCUGAAAAGGAUAACGCAACAUCUGGAAAAGCUUCUGCUGUUGGAGAAAGUUCUUGGAAGAAUAGUGGGUCAAACGAUUCAAACCAAUGCACAAAAGACCCCAAUCUUCAUACUACUUGUGUUCUUGGAGUCAAUGUGGAAGUCAUUUCACCUGUUUCAGAAGGAAAACCAUUGUUUCUUUCCAAAAACUGGAGGGACAUCCUGUGUAGAUGUGAAAAAUGCUUGGAUAUGUACAACCAGAAGCAUAUAAGUUAUCUUCUUGACAGGGAGGACACAAUUGUUGAAUAUGAGAAAAUGGCAAAGCAGAAGAGGGAAGAAAAGUUGCAGCAACAGGAGGGCGCUGAGUUGAGCUUUUUUAACAAGCUCGGUCAUAUAGAGAAGGUGGAGAUUCUGAAUGGUAUUGCAGACUUCAAGGAUGAAUUUCGUUCCUUUUUGGAGUCAUUCGAUAAAUCAAAGACAAUCACAUCCUCUGAUGUCCACCAAAUUUUUGAAAAUCUUGCAAAGAAGCGCCGACGGAUGUAGUGAAUCGUACUUGGAUCUCUAUUUUGGUUAUGUAUGUUAAUUUAACCUGCUUUAGGUGGUUUUGGAGCUGAACCUAUUCUAAAAGAUACGGAAAGCCUGUGAAGAACUUGAUGUUUUUAAGUUAGCAUGCUCUACUGGUAUAAACCAUCUGUUGUGUAGGCUAAUGUGGUCACUGACAUUAGAUUUAACUUGGGUUUUUUUAGUGUGGGAUUGAUUGCAAUAUCCCUUACGGGUAGUGAA